AUGUCGGUACAUAUACCAGGGAUUAUAGCUAUAGUUUUAUUCUAUGGACUAAUUCUAGCAGUAGGAUUAUGGGCAGGAAGAAAGUCCAAACAAACUGGUGUUACAGCUGACAGUGAAGAUGUGAUGUUAGCAGGGAGAAAUAUAGGUGUUUUAAUAGGGAUAUUUACUAUGACAGCAACAUGGGUUGGUGGAGCUUAUAUAAAUGGUACAGCAGAAAUGAUAGUAAGAUUUGGUUUAGUGUGGUGUCAAGCACCUUUUGGUUAUGCUAUAAGUUUAGUGUUUGGGGGAUUAUUUUUUGCCAAUAAGAUGAGAACAGAAGGUUAUGUGACCAUGUUAGAUCCGUUCCAGAUAAGAUAUGGUGAAAGAAUGGGAGGGUUAUUGUAUAUACCAGCUUUAUUAGGUGAAGUCUUUUGGACUGCUGCUGUACUUGCAGCUUUAGGUGCUACAUUAUCAGUUAUUGUUGAUAUUGAUACCAAUACAUCUAUAAUUGUAUCAUCAUGUAUCGCUUUAUUUUAUACAUUAACUGGUGGAUUAUAUUCUGUAGCUUAUACAGAUGUGGUACAAUUAUUCUGUAUAUUUAUAGGACUGUGGAUAAGUGUUCCAUUUGCUUUAACAAAUGAAGCAGUCUCACCAAUCACAGUAAACUCUACCGACUGGAUUAAAACUGUAGAACCCCAGGCUACAGGUGUAUAUAUUGACAGUUUUCUAUUGUUGAUAUUUGGUGGGAUACCUUGGCAGGUAUAUUUUCAACGAGUAUUAUCCUCUAAAUCUGCCAGAAGUGCCCAGAUAUUAUCCUAUAUAGCAUCCUUUGGUUGUGUAAUAAUGGCCUUACCUGCCGUUAUUUUUGGUGCUAUUGCUGAAUCUACAGAUUGGAAUGAAACAACUUAUGAUGGUGUCCUGCCAAUACCUGAAGAUAAACUUAACCUGAUAUUACCCAUGUGUUUACAGUUUUUAUGUCCAGGAUGGGUAUCAUUUAUUGGUUUAGGAGCAGUGUCUGCAGCAGUCAUGUCAUCAGCUGAUUCAUCUAUUUUAUCAGCAAGUUCUAUGUUUGCUAGAAAUAUCUACAAACUCAUCUUUAGACAAAAGGCAUCAGAAAAUGAAAUCUUGUGGGUAAUGAGAGUUGCUAUAUUUGGUGUAGGAGUACUAGCUACUGUUAUGGCUAUAGUGGUAACAUCAAUCUAUGAAUUAUGGUUUCUGUGUGCUGAUUUAGUCUAUGUUAUAUUAUUUCCACAAUUGGUGUGUGUUUUAUAUGUGGAUACUAAUACCUAUGGAUCAUUAGCUGGAUAUAUUAUUGGAAUGUUCUUUAGAUUGGCGGGAGGAGAAGCUGCAUUGAGAAUUGAUCCUAUUAUUAAAUAUCCUUGGUAUGAUGAGGUUAAUAAGCUUCAGUUAUUCCCCUUUAAGACAUUGUCUAUGUUGAUAACAUUGCUGGUUAUUACUGCUGUAUCUCGUUUCUUUAAGGAACUAUUUAUCAGUGGUAAAUUGCCGCCACGUUACGAUAUAUUUCUAUGUGUUGUUAAUAUACCUGAAGAAAGUAUUAUACUAUCAAGACGAGAGCCACCAAAUGAAAUGACCUCUAUUGCCCAAUAUAAGGAAAGUAACGGAAAGAUCAAUCCAGCUUUAAAGUUCUCUAAUGAUGAUUUAUUAGCAGAUGAAGCAUCUAUUAUAACCCCAGCUGAUGAAUAUAAGUAUUCACUAUCAGAAGACAAGGAGUAA